AUGGGCGACAGAAUGGGUAUUAUGAGCCUUUUGAAAGAAACUGGGACAUCGAGAUUCAUCAAGUGCUUGACCCCCGAUGCGAUGGUCCCCAGUGUGACGAAAGCACUUGAAAUAGUUGAGCAGAAACAGGAGAAAGUACAACCUGAAGCACCAAUAGAGAAAGCGUUCCAUACACCAAGGAUUGUCUCUUCUGGGAGCCACUUCGCUUACACUGCUCCUGAGAAGAGGCCUCACUACAGGCCCUUGAUCAAAUCCGCUCUGGCUCAUGAAGAAUUGGGGCUUCAGAUGGAUGACAAGCUAGAGAGUUUGCUUAGUGGUGAAGAUGUUUACAUCGAUGGUAAGAAAGGUAUCUUUCCUUACAGUAUGGCAUAUGCAGGAUUCCAGUUUGGUCAAUUCGCAGGUCAGCUAGGGGACGGAAGAGUGGUCAAUCUAUUUGAUAUAAAGGAUUCUCAUGGGAAUUAUCAAACUUUACAGCUGAAAGGAAGCGGUUUAACACCUUUCUCCCGAUUUGCCGAUGGGAAAGUUGUGCUUAGAUCUUCAAUAAGAGAAUUUAUCAUCUGCGAGUCACUAUACCAGAUUGGUAUCCCCUCGACACGGGCCCUUCAGCUGACACAAUUGCCCAAAACGAGAGCAACGAGAGGCAUGUCCUUUGAGCCAACGGCCGUUGUCUGUAGAAUGGCACCUUCGUGGAUUAGACUCGGCAAUUUUGAUUUACUAAGGUGGAAACCGAAUUUAAAAGCAUUAUUCAAGUUGGCGGACUACACCAUCGAUAACGUAUAUGGAAAGGAUCAGACACCCUUACCGGACGUCAACAAUUUCAAGGAGGAUCAUUUUGCUGAUGAAGGUGAUGAACCACGUCAAAUUGAUGAUGUGACAGAUAAUACAAAAUACGACCAACUCUACAGAAACGUUGUCAGAAAGAAUGCAGAGUGUGUUGCAUACUGGCAGACGUACGGCUUUAUGAACGGAGUUUUAAAUACAGAUAAUACAUCGAUCCUAGGUCUAUCGAUCGAUUACGGCCCCUUCAGUUUCCUAGACAGGUUCGAACCAGCGUUCACACCAAAUCACGAUGACGUUGAAGGCAGAUAUUCAUUCCAAAAUCAACCAAGUGUUAUUUGGUGGAAUUUGAUACAAUUUGCCCAAUCAAUCGCGAUCCUGAUCGGCGCCGGCGGGAAACACAUAGACGAAGUGAUCGCUCUACAGAACAAUACGAAACCGCUAUCCAGCGAAGUGGAGAAAGAUGUGACCAAACGUGCAAACGACCUCAUUGGCCUAGUGGCACACGAGUACAAAUAUGUUUUUACUACAAAGUACGUUCAAUUGAUGAGCCAAAGAUUGGGCAUCGAUCUUUCUUUGGACCCUUCUGAGAUCGACAAGACAAGUACAGUGGUCAAGGAUUUUUGCUCUACUCUAAUGGAGCCCUUGUUAGAAAUUUUAAGAAAAACUGGAAUCGACUACAACAAUUUCUUUGUCAAUCUACAGAACUAUAAAGGCCCAAUCUUUGAUAAGGCAAACGGGAUCAACGGGCUAGAUAAGAAUUAUGUUGCCAUCUUUUUUAACAUCAGCCAACAGGUAAAACUACAAACAUACUACGCAGAUGAGAAACAUUUUGUUGACACUGAUUCUGGAGAGACACGCUUACUAGUCGAGUACUUUGAGAAACUAGUCAACUGGUCCAGGCUCUACUUGGACUUGGCACCAGAUCAAGUAGAACGUUACGAAAUAUCAAAGAAAGUGAACCCAUUGUUCACACCCAGAUCAUGGAUCUUUGACCAAGUGAUUGAGCACUUCGUCGACGAGCAACGUACAGCACUAAACGAUCCAGAGUCUACUAUCGACACAGCCCCACUACAAAAAUUGCUACUAAUGAGUUCGUACCCUUACGAUUCCUCCAAAUGGGAUUCGACUCUAAGGCCCGACUUACAGGAGUCAUGGGGAAGCAUAGAGCACGCUGAAACUGCCGACAAGUUCAUGAAACAAGCCUCUUGUUCUAGUUAG